AUGAAACGAACUCGUAUGUCUCUACCAAUGAAUUUAUUUAUUUUUCUCGCCUGGUUCUCUUAUGGCGCAAUUCAUACUCAAGCAUUCAAUUGUUACGACUGCUGGGGUGUCUUGGCACCAGGUUGCGGCGAACCAUUCAAGCCAGACGCUGCUGGUGUCACUGUAAAGCCAGCUACUUUGAAUCAAAGUUGUAUUGCUUCGAGAGAAACUCAUGUAGACGGAAGUGAAGGUAUUGCACGAGCGGUGGUUGAUCUUACAGAGUGUACUUUUGGUAAGAACCAAUGUCAAAUUGAACUAAACGGCGAUGUCACGAAAACUACGUGCUGUUGUUCAUCAGAUUUAUGUAAUGGUCACGUGUUUACUCCAGGAAGUACAACUAUAAGUCAUUCUGCCGGGUGCUCUAUAUUUUUGCAAGCAACGCUAUUCAUUUUUAUGUUAUUUCUUCAUUGUAUUAUGUCUGAAGUCGUAUACGUAUCCAUUUGA